AUGUCCAACCUUACGACUCUGAUACAGCCAGGUGUUUCUCCUAAUGUGGACAAAUCACAGAGGUUGGUUUUUGUUGCCAACAUCCCGUUCGAGUCAACCGAGGAAGAGCUGAAAGCAUUGUUCUCCCAGAUGGGGCCACUAGUCGCUUUUAGAUUAGCGGUUGAUCGAGAAACCGGCCGCUCAAAGGGCUACGGAGUUUGCGAAUUCAUCGAUCAAGAGGCAGCUCUGAGUGCACUACGAAAUUUGAACGGUUUCGAUUUACGUGGGCAGCUCCUUCGCCUCGAUCUGGUGGUGGGCCAACGACACAAAGAAGAACUGCGGCAGUUGCAGGGAUCCCUGGAAGGGCCCUCCCCCGAAAGCUCCUCUUGCCCCUCACAAAAAGCUCCUGAAGCGAUUUCGCGCGCCGUCGCUUCUCUACCCCCAGAACAGAUGUUUGAGCUGAUGAAACAAAUGAAGAUAUGCAUUCAAAACAACCCGAAUGAAGCCAGGAAUAUGCUGCUGAAAAAUCCACAGUUGGCAUAUGCUUUGCUUCAGGCUCAAGUGGUGAUGCGCAUUGUCGACCCUCAGCUGGCCAUGUCCAUUGUUAGCCGCGAUCCGACCGUCACUGUUCCGCCCAGCCGACCUCCUACGUCAAUGAAUUCAGCUUCUGAUGGUGGGGGAUCCUCGCCUACCCUAUCCACCACAGUGCUGCCUGCGUUAAGCGCAUUUCCACCAACUAUGCCUGUUACGGCUAUGCCCAUUGCAUCAAGCGGGGUCCUACCUGUUGCUGGUCCUAUAGUUGGUCCAAAGAGUGAUGUAGAUUACCGAAAAAUGCCUGUUCCAGCGCCUGUUGUCUAUCCACCAUUUGUAGCGCCACGCGUUCCUAUCCCGACCAUUGGUGAUUUUGCGAGCCGGUCGCGAGGUCCAAUUCUACCAAACGUCCCAGUUGCUGCGGCACAAGCUCCAAGCCAUGCGCCCCUAACAAUGGUACCUCCAAGUCAUUCAAAUGUCCCUGCUUCUGCCGAGGAUCAGGAAAAGGCGGCUUUGAUUAUGCAAGUCCUGCAGCUGACUGACGAGCAAAUCGCCAUGCUGCCAGCCGAUCAAAAACAGAGUGUUCUACUGCUUCGCGAGCAGUUUAGAACCUCUGAGCCUCGAUAA